AGUCUUCUGCCUCAUUCACAUUUCUUCCAUCGUUCAAAAGGCAUAUAUCGGUAGGAUCACUGUAGAAAUCGGAAGAAAAAUGGGUUUGGAUGAAGCACUCAAAUCUAUUUCUUCUUUUGGAAGAUGGCAAGUUAUAGUCUACAUGCUUGUUGGGCUAUCUUUUGGGCCACCAGCAAUGUGGCAACUUUUUGCAAUUGUUUUUAUAGGUUAUAUAAAUCCGCAUUUUUGUAAGGCGGAUGAAGGCUUUACCCAAGACCAGUGGAGUCCCAAAGAGCUCGAUGAUUUUGGAACGCUUACAUAUGCCCAAUGCAAAAGGUUUUCAGAAGCGGGAAAUAAUAAAUCAGCCUUGACCGAUUGUUCGAAAUGGAAAUAUGUGGAUGACGGUUUCGAUGAAAAUGGAGGAACCAUCGCCAUGGCCUGGGAUUUGGUUUGUGAUAAGGACACUUGGGUGGAAACUUCUCAGACAGUAUUCAAUGUUGGCGUCGUUUCUGGUUUUCUCAUAUUUACGCCGUUACAAGAUACUUUUGGUAGAAAAAGGAUCUUCUAUUUUUGCGCUCUAAUCAUGAACUUAUUCGGUUUAUCUAUGUCAUUCGCUCCAAAUUAUUAUGUAUUUUGCGUAAUGCAAUUUCUUACUGGAGCAGCGGCUGCUGGUCUUUAUAUGUCUGGUCUUGUAAUUUCUACUGAACUAUUUCCGUCCGAAUUCAGAAAUAUCAUGGCUCCGGGAAGCUAUCUUUUUUUUACUAUUGGAACUUGUACCCUAUCCUUAUGGGCACAUCUAUUUAGGCAUUGGCGAGAUCUACAAUUUUUAAUAAGCUGUAUCGGUUUCCUAAGCUUAUUAACAUUUCCACUCUGCCCAGAGUCGAUGAGAUUUUUAAUUGUUAACAAUCGAUUAGAUGAAGUUAAAGAUAUUCUGAGGAAAGGAGCCAGAUGGAAUAAAAAGGUAUUUAAAGAGGAGCUUUUGGAUGAUGAAAAAGAAGUUCUAACUCUUUCAGAGUCCGUUAAAUUUAAGCAAAUGUUCACUAACCCCCGACCUAGAAGAUAUGUACUGAUCAUGAUUUUUCUUGUAUUCGCAUCUAACAUUGCCUACUAUGGAUUAUCUUUAAUGACAACAUCACUGUCAGGAGAUAAAUAUAUGAAUUUUUUUAUUGUUUCACUAUUGGAGAUACCAGGUACAGUUGUAGCAAUAAUUGCCAUGACACUUAUUGGAAGAAGAUAUCCUUUGGUCUUUUUUAAUCUUUUUGCCGCGGUAUUCUUGAUUUUAUCAUCAGUUUUCACAACAGUUAAAAUUAAUGGAGAAUUGAAUGAAGAUUUAAUGACAAGUAUGGCUUUAAUCGCCAAAUUUGGUAUCUCUGGUGCCUUCACCAUUGAACUUAUUUACUCUUUGGAAAUCUAUCCAACAAGUUUAAGAGGAACAGGAACUGGUAUUACAGUUGGAUGUGGUUUCAUGGGCAGCAUUAUGGCUCCAUAUUCUGUCUAUUUAUAUAGAAAAUAUCCAAUAGUCCCUGGACUUGUUUUUGCGGGUGUUUCGUUCAUUGCUGCAUUUUUAUCUCUACUAGAACCGGAAACCUUGGGUAGACCAUUGCCAAAUACCAUAGAAGAAAUAAAUGCAUGGACUUUAACUUUGAGUAAGGAGGAAAAAGAAAACGCCAAAGAGGCUUCAAGAAAGUUUAGAGCACUGUUUUCCUGUAAGAAGAAUACUGCAGAGGUUGAUGUACCUACAGAGGCAGAUACACCUGCAGUAGUAGACAGUACUUCGGGGAUUGAAAACCCAGCAUUUGAACCUAAUAAUAACAUUUAUGAUAACAUUAAUGGUGCUGACAAUUCCAAGGAAAACGAUGUGACAUAUAUCUAAAGGAUAGGUUUAAGAUUUUGAUGACUAAAGUUGAAGCAAAAAUAACUUGUUAAUUAAGACUGUAAAUAAACAAAAAUGGUUUAGUUUAUUCAUUUAAAAAUGAAAAAAAUUAACGAAAAUACAAAUUCUCUAUGACAAUAAACAUGAAAACAUGACAAAAAAAGCUGAAUGAAUUUAUUCUGAAAAAUUUCCUACGUAUUAACUGUUUCAGCCAUAUAUUCCUGCUCCAAAUCCGAAGGCUUGCAUUAUUGGACGCCAAUAAUAAUUUUUCCAUCCAUCAACUGUUCUCUCAUAGUCUUCCUUUGGUACACCAGUUUGAGUCAAUUGUAGUUCGGUUCCAUCAUCCUUUUGUUUUAAGUAGAUAGAAACUGUCGAAUAGUGAGCGUCUGGCCAAGACUGGAAACGCCACUUCAUCACUAUUUUCUCGUUUAAGACCUAUCAAAAGAACUCAAUUCAAUAAGAAUAAUUUUGUUUCAAUUGGUAGUGACUCACCAAAUCUGUAAACUCUCCUUGGACAUUACCGUCAAAUAGUGCAAACUUUCCUCCUUUUUCAGCCUCUAAAAUAGCCUUAGAUCUGGUGAACAUGGAGCUUUUACCCUGAUCAGUUAAAACACUAUAUAGCUCACAAGCUUCGCAUUUGAAAAAUUCGGUAGACGAUACUCUCUGACAGGGAAUCUUAAUGCCAACAUCAGAAUCUGAACUCACGAUGGGUUUGUUAAUUUCAUUUUUGUACUCGUUAGUUGUCUUUUUUGCGCUUGUAUUAGUUGAUGAAUUUUUUGUGGGUAAAAUCAAACCUUCACUGUACUGUUCUUUCAACUGUUGAAGGUAUUUUGCUAAUUGUUCUCUAACUUUCACAGUUCCGGAAUGUCUCAUAAAUUCUUUAACAUCCCAAGCAUCUUUAAUUUUCUCGUCGUCGAUACUAACAUUUAUGUCAAUAUCAUUUAUGUCUGUAUAUUCAUCCGAAAGGUUGAGAACAUCAAAUUUUCCUUUAACUAAAUCCCCAUCGCCUCGUGAGCCCUUCCACGAGCACUUAAUAACCCAUUCGUAGAAGAAGAUUAACCUAGCCUUUCGAUUAUUAACAACAGCUUCGCCCUCAACAGAUUUGAUUUCGGUAACAACACAUUUAAAUGGCCCUUCUUGAAUCUCCAGAUUUUCUAGGAGUUCCUUAAUCUUAGUUUGAGACCAAGAUGUAGCGUUCUUCUCUGUCCAGUGCCAAUUAUUUACAUUUUUAGCAUCAGCUCUUUCUUCUACAAUCCAUCGUGGAUCACCUUCUCCCCACUUGGCCAUAGCUAGGAGCAAAACAAUUUAGACAAACGUCGUUAACGUAUACUAAAGAAAGUAUGCGCUUCACACUAGGAGUAUCGUGAAAUUUCUAGAAAUCGGAACCGGAAACUUACUAGAAACUGAUAUAUCUAAAAGAAGUUAGGAGUUAUCAUAGAAAUAGUCUAAAUUAGAU